AUGGGAGAUAAUCCGCAAGAUUCAGAGUUUGAAGGACAGGGCUGCUACCAAUGGGACAUCAUCACCGGCGCAAACUCGUCGGGAUACGAAGAAUUGAGUGUCCCUGAGGAACUUCGUUCUUCAACGCACAAAACAGCUCACGGCCGCAAGGAUUUAGGAAGGUUGACAAGGUGGUCUGGACCAGCGGCCGACAAAGCGACCUCUGUUGCAAAGGCCAUAGAAAUUGUUCUAAAAAAUACCGAGUUUAUAUUCGUCACUGAAAAGAUGGACAUGACUGGCAAAGUUUUGAAGUGGAGGCUACAUGCCCUCACGCGUAAAAUAGAACCGAUAAAUCUGGAGAUUAGACAUGAUGGCAAACAGUGGAAGGUCAACGUUGCAGACAUCGAAGCUGUUUUAUCACUCUGGUUAUUUGCAGCGGCCGAGAAAGAAAGAACAGUAGCCAUGGAUGAUAAGAGGGACGUCGAUGCCUGGCUGCGGAGCGGGGAAGCCUCACGAGGGGAUAGCAUACGACUGUUGGGCAAGAGCAACGCCAUUAGUCGAAGAGAUAUGAGAUGGUGGGCUGGAAGUGGAAAUAACAGGAUCAUUGAAGUAUCUUCCCCUUCUGACGACAGGGAAAUUAUUGAAUUGAGCUCCCAUCGUGUUGUGGGGUAUAGUGGCUACAAGAAGGGGGAAGACAAGAAAGACGAGCGCAAGAAAGACUGCAAAUGUCAAUAUCAAAUCCAUACGGUCUCGGAUGAUAACAAUAAUAUGCCCGAAAACGAGUUGUUUACUAGGCUCAAGAUUUCAAUUAAUUCUAUGAACGAAGCCGCGAAAAGACGCAACGGAAUCAGCGAGGGUACAAGUAGGCAACAUGACUCUAUGAAAUCAGGCAUUCGACCGGAAUAUCUUGGAGGAACCAACCAGGCUUCUACGACUAAGCCCAAGCCAGAUUAA